CCUUUUUUCAACCACAUCAUUAUCUUUAAACAUUCGUUACAUUUUCGAUUGUUCAUUUAUGCUUCGUUUUUCUUGUUGCUCUACUCGCAUUUCUUUUUCUUGUUUCAUACAAGGCCGGUUUUUUCCCUUGUGGAUUAGUGUUAUUAAUAGAUGAUGAUAUACAUGUAUACUAUAUGAUGAUGAGUAUAAAUGGUGUACAGUUGGUUCAACUCUCUGUGUAAAAAAGAGUUUCUUCUUUCUCCCCUGUUUUUAUUUCUUCGUCUUCUUCUUUACUUGUUCUUUCUCUCCUCUUGAUUAAUUGUGGAUCUUGGUUUUCUUUUCUGCAACAUUUUGAUGUUAUCAGACCCUCCUCUGCUUCUCGGCAUACUGGCAUGGAAAAAAAUGAUCUUUACACAGAGUUAUGGAGGGCAUGUGCAGGCCCGUUGGUUGAAGUCCCCAGUAGGGGAGAAAGGGUGUAUUAUUUCCCUCAAGGUCACAUGGAACAGUUACGAGCCUCUACAAAUCAAGAACUCGAUCAGCAUAUACCCAAGUUUAACCUUCCUCCCAAGAUCCUCUGUCAUGUUGUUCAUGUCCAGUUAAUGGCAGAACAAGAAACGGAUGAAGUUUAUGCACAAAUAACUUUGCACCCAGAAGUAGAGCAAGCUGAGCCUACAAGUCCUGAUCCAUGUGUUCCUGAUCCACCAAACCCGCCUAUUCACUCAUUUGUUAAGAUAUUGACAGCUUCGGACACAAGCACUCAUGGAGGGUUCUCUGUUCUUCGUAAGCAUGCUAAUGAAUGCCUUCCUCCGUUGGACAUGGCUCAGGCUACCCCGACCCAGGAUUUGGUUGCAAAAGAUCUUCAUGGCUUCGAGUGGCGAUUUAAGCACAUAUUUAGAGGGCAACCUCGUAGGCAUCUGCUUACAACCGGAUGGAGCACAUUUGUAAGUUCAAAAAGAUUAGUUGCUGGGGACGCUUUUGUUUUUCUAAGAGAUGAUGUGGGGGAACUGCGUGUUGGGAUCCGUCGUCUUGCAGGUCAGCAAAGUUCCAUGCCUCCAUCUGUUAUAUCCAGCUUAAGUAUGCAUCUUGGCGUACUUGCAACUGCAUCUAAUGCAAUUACAACACAUACUUUGUUUGUGGUGUUCUACAAACCAAGGACAAGCCAAUUCAUCAUCCGACUGAAUAAAUAUCUGGAGGCUGUCAGUCAUAAAUAUUCAGUUGGCAUGCGAUUUAAAAUGAAGUUCGAAGGGGAAGAUCCUCCAGAAAGAAGUUUUGCAGGCACUAUAAUUGGUGUCGGAAGUAUCUCCCCACAAUGGUCAGAUUCUCAAUGGCGGUCUUUGAAGAUUCAAUGGGAUGAACCUGCAUCCAUACAUAGGCCUGAGAAGGUUUCAGCUUGGGACAUUGAGCCGUACACAGCUUCAAAUUCCAUAGACCUUCCUCCACCAGCAAUGAAGAUCAAAAGGCCCCGUCCCAUUGAGAUACCUUUAACUGAUGCUACUUCCUGCGCUGCUACAGCACCUUUCUGGUAUUCAGGAUCAAAUACGACUGUAGAACAUUGCAACUUAGGUGGUGCCCCCGAAAGUGAACGCAGUGAAAGUCAAGCUGUAUGUCCUCCAAAGCAAAAAGAUAAUAAUGGAACUUGUAUUAUCUCCGGAGGCCUUACUGAUGGCAGCUGGAAGAGUUCUAUGAAUCUAUUUCGUGAACCGGUGGGAGACAAAAAGUAUGUGAUUCAUCCUUCUGUCAUGCCAGAGUACAAUUCCGCUGUUUCGUCAAGGGCGAGCAAUAACCUGUUUAAAGACCAAUUAGAACUUGAUACAAGAACUGAGCCUAGUAAUAGUUGCCGCUUGUUUGGAAUCGAUCUCAGAAAUUCCAACAUUCCUUCACCAGCAAAGGAAGUCAAAGACUCAUCUGCUGCAGCUGAUAGUGGCAAAAAAACCUUUUCUGCUGCUCAGUUGGAAGCUAAUACAGCUGCAGAUUUAGACCUUAACAAGGAAAAUGAGAAAGUCUUGUUGGAGACGAUAGAAGAGGAAAACAUGAACAAGCAUGGUACUUGUGCUUCAAAAAGGACCCGUACGAAGGUGCAAAUGCAAGGGAUUGCUGUUGGCCGAGCUGUUGACUUAAGUUUGUUGGAAGGGUAUGCUGAGCUCGUAACUGAACUGGAAAAGAUGUUUGAGAUCAAGGGAGAGCUUAAGGAACGAAAAAAGUGGCAAGUUGUUUACACUGACGAAGAAGGUGACAUGAUGCUCAUGGGCGAUCAUCCAUGGCCGGAAUUUUGUACAAUGGCAAAGAAGAUCUUCAUAUAUACGGGGGAGGAAGUGAAGAGAAUGUGUCCCAACAGCAAGGUGUCAUCUUUAGAUGGUGAUAGAAGAACAGUAAGCAUAGAACCGGCUAUAAAAUCUGACAUCUAGAGUUAUAACUAUUUUGUCUUCGGUUAUACUAAAGUUGAUUGGGCAAAGUUACGUGGAUAAUAGGGGUUAAACUGUGUGCUUUGGAACUCGAAAGAUGACAGUGGUAUCUGAAAUGUAGUUAACAGGUAAGGUUUGUAUUUGAUGGUGUAGUGAAAAAACUUGGAGAUCAAGCUUUGGAUUAUGUGAAUAGUACUUUCUUUUUGGUUUGAUGAUCCGGUAUUUAAUUGA